AUGUGUCGCGUCGCGUCGCGCAGCGCCGCGCCGAAAGUCGCUCGCACGCCGCUCGCGUCGCGCAAAAACUGCUUUCAUGGCCAGUCGACCGGCAGGCAGGCAUUCGCCUUCGCAGGAAGUCCUACGAAACAAAGCCGCGCCGCGCCGCGCCGCGCCGUCUUCACGCACAAACUGCGUGCGUGUCGGCAUGCCGACCUCGGCAAUCGUUCCGUUCGUUGUUCAAGCGAGUCGCACUCCCUCAGUCGGUAUUGGGCCUGUCCCCGGGGUCCGUCCGGCCGAACGAAUCAUUACUUCGUCGCACUGCAUAAUCGUACGUUGUCUAACCACUGGCCGUUGACCGGCCGCGACCUCACUCAAAUCCAACUCGUCCUCGUCCACCUCCGUCGUUUCCUAACGUUGCCCACCAUAUAA